UUAUUUCUUCAGUUCGUAAUUUGACCGUCGACAGAUACCUAAAACUUUUCGAGAUUAAAAAAAAUCACUAAAUUUGAUAUGUGGAAAUGAUAUAAACGGAUACACGUGAUUGGUGGAGUGUUUUAAUCGAUAAUUGAAUUCAUCUGUUUAGAUUUUCUUUUGAAUUUAUUGUCCUUUUUUUUUGUAGUGACAUAAAUUUUUUUCCAAGUGUUGUGCCCUGUGUAUACCUAUUGGAAAUAAGUGAUAAUCUUCGUUUAGUUGAAACUUAGCUUUUAAGAUGGCAGUCUCACUGGAAACAGUAAAUGUUUUAAGAUUAUUCUCAUCAACAACCACCUUCUUUUACUUAAUAAUACCAGCCAUCACGUUAUGGUACAUUUACUUCCGAAUUAGCCGAAGACGUUUAUACGAAUUAGUAUCAAAAAUCGACGGUCCAAGCGGAUUACCACUUUUUGGAAAUGCUCUAGAAUUCAUCGGUGAUCCACACACUACUUUUAAAAUUUUUUACGAAAGGAGUUUCGAAUUUGAAUUCGGUAAACCGAUUAAAUUAUGGAUUGGACCUAGAGUGGUGGUUUUCUUGACUGAUCCUCGUGAUAUUGAGGUGAUCUUGGGCAGCCAGGUGCACAUUGAUAAGUCUCCAGAUUACAGAUUAUUCGAACCUUGGCUCGGAGAUGGUCUUUUGAUUAGUACCGGAGAGAAAUGGAGAGCGCACAGGAAACUCAUUGCUCCUACUUUCCACUUGAACGUGUUGAAAUCGUUCAUCAGUAUUUUCAAUAAGAACAGCAGAGCUAUUGUUGAAAAAAUGAGGAAGCUCGGAAGCGAAGAAUUUGAUGUGCACGAAUAUAUGGGAGAAGCUACCGUCGAAAUUUUAUUAGAGACCGCUAUGGGUGUCGAUAAGAAGACUCAAGAUAGAGAAGCUAGCGAAUAUGUUAUUUCUGUAAUGAAAAUGUGCGAUAUCCUCCACAUGAGACACAGACAAAUUUGGUUCAGACCCGAGGUCAUCUUCCAGUUCACUAAAUAUGCCAAAGCUCAGGAAAGAUUUUUGAAUAUUAUCCACGGAUUGACUAACAAGGUAUUACAAGUGAAAAAAACCAAAUACGAACAGAAAAAGAAAUUGUUAUUAGAAAACGAACCGGAGUACAAUAUUGAAGAAAAAUCCGAAUUCACGAAACCAGAAAAAGCUGAAGUUAAAAUUGAAGAUGUCAAAACCGAUAAACCAGACGAGCCGGUUAUUGGGCAUUCUUAUGGCCAAGCUGCCGGAUUGAAGGAUGAUUUGGAUGUUGAUGAUGAUAUUGGUGAAAAGAAACGUCAAGCUUUCUUGGACUUGUUGAUUGAAAGUGCCGAAAAUGGCGUCGUACUGACCGACAAAGAAGUCAGAGAACAAGUUGAUACGAUCAUGUUCGAGGGUCACGAUACCACAGCCGCUGGAAGUAGUUUCUUCUUGUGCUUGAUGGGUACUCGUCCAGAUAUUCAAGAAAAAGUCGUUGAAGAAUUGAAUGGAAUUUUCAAGGGAUCGGAUCGUCCUUGCACUUUCCAAGAUACUUUGGAAAUGAAGUAUUUGGAACGUUGUAUUAUGGAAACCCUUCGUAUGUACCCUCCAGUGCCUAUGAUUGCCAGACAAAUCAAGGAAGAAGUUCAAUUGCCGUCCACCAACGCUAUUUUACCAGCCAAUUGUACCAUCAUCAUUGGAACAUUCAAAUUACACCGUAAUCCGAAUAUUUACCCAAAUCCCGAAGUAUUCAACCCGGAUAACUUCUUACCAGAGAAAUCGGCAAACCGUCAUUACUAUUCGUAUGUUCCAUUCAGUGCUGGACCACGAAGCUGUGUCGGACGUAAAUACGCCAUGUUGAAAUUGAAAAUCUUAUUAUCGACCAUCUUACGUAAUUUCCACGUAAAAGCUCUCAAGAGUCAGAAUGAAUGGCAACUUCAAGCCGAUAUCAUUUUGAAAAGAACUGACGGUUUUAGAAUCAUCUUAGAGCCGAGGAAAAAAGUCAAAGUAGCCGCCUAAGUAAACACAGUGAAGAUAGGUUAAAACUAUCGAUAAUUUUCAGUCAUCAGCAUUAUCGUUGUACAUUUAUACUCCUAGGUAAUAAAUUUAUAUUGUAUAUAUUUAUGUGUGUACCCUAACUAACAAUAUACCAUUUGUUACGAGUCCAAUA